AUGGAAGGGGAGACGGUGUCAUCAGGAGGAGGCGUGGGAAAUGGAAGCCAAAUUGAGGGGAAAAUGGUGCAGACAUUUCAGAAGAACUUCGUUCAAGUUCAGACCAUUUUGGACCAAAACAGAGUCCUAAUCAACCAAAUUAACCGAAAUCAGGAGUCCAAAAUGCCUCAUAAUCUCACCAGAAACGUGGGUUUGAUUCGCGAGCUCCACAACAACAUAAGGAGAGUCGUGGAUUUAUACGCACAUCUCUCCACUUCCUUCACCAAAUCCAUGGAGCUUUCGUCGGAAGGAGACUCCUCCUCCUCCGCCGCCGCCGCCAAGCCUGGCCACAAGCGCAACCGUCCUCCGCCCUAG